AAUCUUUGGCAUUAAAAAUUGGCAUUCAAUACACCAACUCGAUUCUUUGUUUGUUGUUUGACACCACCAGCCGCCCCGCCCCAACCGGCCUCUCUGUCUCUUCUAUCCUUCACCUAAAUACACGCCACUUUUGGACUUCACAACACCCUGUCACCCAAGAUCUCUCUCUAAGCUUGUUAUAGGUUUCAAAGAUCCAAGACUGGUUUAUCAGAUCCUUCAAGUUUUUCUGAUUCCUCUAUCUGGGUUUUGUUAUGGGUGGUUGGAGGUACAGAGCUGGGUUGCUUCUGAUUGGUGCUGUGGUUAUCAUUUGGGUUACCUCUGCGGAAGUCACGCAGGAUAUUUAUGCAAAAUAUAAGCAGCCAUUUGCAGUAACAUAUCUUGGAGCUUCUCUUAUGGUAGUGUACCUCCCAAUAGCUUUCCUUAAGGACUGGUUGUGUAAUUUACUUAAACGUCGCUCUUCUAAAAGUGGCAAAAAUGCAGAAAGCAUGAAUGAGUAUUCUUCUGCGUUUGGUUCACCACUGAAACACAAUGGAGUUCAGAAAGAUUUUGAAUUGGAAAUUCAUACCUUGUCCAGAAAAGACAGUGAUGCAGACCUUUCACCUUGUGCAGAAGAAAGGCCUUUGGUUUCUAAACUCAAAGACAAUAUAAAUGUGCUGAAGCAUGAUCGAGAACUGACACCAAGGGAAAUUGCUACUUAUGGAUUUUACCUUGCCCCUCUUUGGUUUUUUACAGAGUAUUUUUCAAAUGCCGCUCUCGCACGUACGAGUGUUGCAAGUACAACAGUCUUAUCCUCAACUUCAGGACUCUUUACACUCUUCAUUGGUGCAUUCUUAGGCCAAGAUUCUUUGAAUCUAGCAAAAGUGGUGGCCGUCUUUGUCAGCAUGGCGGGUGUAGCCAUGACAACAUUGGGAAAAACGUGGGCUACAGAUGAGUCGCAAUCGAGUGCCUCCAAUGGGAAACACUCUAUCGCUGGAGAUUUCCUUGGCCUUGCCUCAGCCAUGUCAUAUGGUCUAUUUACAGUUCUUCUUAAGAAAUUUGGUGGUGAAGGAGGAGAGAAGGCUGACGUGCAAAAGUUGUUUGGAUAUAUUGGACUGUUUACGCUUGUAGCAUUAUGGUGGCUGGUUUUACCAUUGACAGCAAUGGGCAUUGAACCGAAGUUCAUGAUUCCUCACUCUGCUAGACUGGAUGAACUUGUUAUUGCAAAUGGCUUUGUUGGAAGUGUACUUUCUGACUACUUUUGGGCACUAUGUGUUGUGUGGACAACUCCACUGGUGGCCACUUUGGGCAUGUCACUCACCAUCCCCCUAGCUAUGGUGGCUGACAUGUUCAUCCAUGGUCGUCAUUAUUCAGCAGUUUACAUCCUUGGCUCUGUACAGGUAUUUGCAGGAUUUGUAAUAGCUAAUCUUUCAGACUGGUUCUCAAAGAAGUUGGGAUUGUAGCAUCUUGCUAAACCCUACUUUCUCAGUUUUGAAAACCUAAUUCUUUGAUGGGGGCCAUUUUCCUCACUGCCAUUCUGAUCAGAUGUUUGAAGCUUGCUCAAUCUGUGAAGAAGAAAAAAGUUCCUAAAUGUUGUACCAUACAUCAUACCUUGUUUCUGUAAAUCAACUCUGGGCGUGAGGGUUUUUCCUUUUUUUCACAAUGAUCAUCAGCUUCUGUGUUGUAAUGAACCUUUGUGACUUAAAAGUAAAAAAAUCUCAUUUCACGUGUC